GCUGUCAGCUUGUGGGUCUGAAGAGCUGUCACAGAGAGAGAGAGAGAGAGAGAGAGAGAGAGAGAGAGAGAGAGAGAGCGAGAGAGAGGUUAGGAGCGCAGGAGAACGCUUCUCUUCUCCAGAUGGUGUUUUAAACGCAGACAGAAGGGUCAUUAGACAGCACACCAGCUCCCAACCACUGACAACAACAAAAAUAAACCCAAACGCGAGAUGGUGCAGAGCGAAACCGCGCAGAAUGUGUAACAUCAGUUAGCCGGGACACGAACGAUGUUUUUCGCGGACCGUUUUUUCGCGUUCAGCGUGGAGGGAGUUCGCGACGAGCAGUUGGAGUAUUAACGGGAAGAUCUCCGAAACACUCCCCACCCGAUUCAUCUCCGCGGACGGGGGACUUUAAAGGAUUUACGAGAGAAAACAUUCACCGCACUUCUACUUGGAAACAUGGAGCAUCAGCGGCAACGUUAAAAACAUCUUCUAUCUGAUAGGAGGGAUCGCGGACGUCCACUGUGGAAUACGAUAUAAAAAAGCACCAAGAACGCGAGAUCCGAACUUGGAGGACUUUGCGAUUUUUUUUUGUUUUUGCGAUAUUUGAGGAACCGAAGCGAACUUUUUUUCGCCCCGUGCAUUUUUACUAAGAAAUUUGUUAACGCGUCAAGGUUUCGACAUUUUCAAAGAACGUGAUACCAAAGUCUCACUACUUUAAUACUAAAGCUCCGCUGCGUUCUUCGCUUUGUAUGAUAUAUUUUCGUUUUCUUGAAAUUGAAUUACCUCAUUAUUUAUUACUGUAACGAAACGCCAACAUCGCGUGCAAUCCAAAGGAGUUCAGAACUCUCUCUUUCUCUCAGACACUCUUUGAUAAAACGACACAGAUACCCUUUUUUUAUUCAUUUUGGAAAGUUCGCGCCUUUUUCGGUGAUAUUUAAGGUGUAAUAAUCUCCGUUUGUUUCUGUUUUAAUUUUUCGCGUGGAUUAUUUUUUUGCUGCAAAUACCUCAGUUUACUUCGACCUUCAAAAGUAGCACAGGACAGAAGGCUGGAACGAUGCCAGAUUCACCUGCUGAUGUCAAAACCCAGCCCAGGUCAACUCCGCCCACAAUGCCACCUCCACCCCCAGCUGUCAGCCAGGCAGCCAAUCGCAACGCAUCAUUCACACCCACAACAAUGCUGAACGGGAGCAGUCACUCCCCCACGGCACUAAACGGAGCUCCCUCAACUCCCAACGGCUUCAGCAAUGGACCGGCCACCUCCUCUACCGCUUCUCUGCCCACCCAGCAGCUGCCCCCUGCAUGCGGAGCCCGACAACUCUGUAAGCUUAAGCGUUUCCUCACCACACUGCAGCAGUUUGGCAACGAUAUCUCACCAGAGAUUGGAGAACGUGUACGGAGCCUAGUGCUAGGGCUAGUGAACUCAACUCUAACCAUUGAAGAGUUCCACUCCAAACUUCAGGAAGCCACAAACUUUCCCUUGCGUCCCUUUGUCAUUCCAUUUCUUAAGGCUAACUUGCCCCUCCUGCAGAGGGAGCUGCUUCAUUGUGCUCGGAUGGCUAAGCAAACCCCAGCCCAGUAUCUGGCCCAGCACGAACAGCUGCUGCUGGAUGCCAAUGCCAGCUCUCCCCUGGACUCCUCCGAGAUCAUGCUGGAACUCAAUGAGCAUGGCAAGAGACGUACCCCGGACAGGACCAAAGAGAGUGCUGGGGACAGGGAUGGCUUGCACCCGGAACACCUGGCCAAACGUCCAUGCACAGUGAGCCCCAGUCAGCGCUUCAGCCCAAGCAGUGGUUUACCUGCUCACCCUCCACCCAACGGCCUACCAACACAUCCACCCAAUGGCCUUCCACAUCCUAACCCUCCUGCCCCACAGCACUACCGUUUGGAAGACAUGGCACUCGCCCACCACUACCGAGAUGCUUACAGACACGCAGAGCACAGGGACGUCCGGGAUCGUCACCGGCAGACAGCCGUGCAUGGAACACGUCAAGAGGAAGUGAUUGAUCAUCGGCUGACAGAUCGCGAGUGGGCUGAGGAAUGGAAGCACCUCGAUAACUUGCUCAACUGUAUCAUGGAUAUGGUGGAGAAGACGCGGCGUUCCCUCACUGUGCUCCGACGCUGUCAGGAGGCAGACCGUGAGGAGAUGAACCACUGGAUCCGUCGCUAUAGCGACGUGGAGGAUAUGAAAAAAGGUGGGAGCUCCGCCCAGCGGCCUCCUCCUCUUCCUCCCCACCACAACUCUUCCUCCUCCAACACUCCUAACAGCAGCGACACACAACCGCUAGAAAUCCACAGAGACUUCCUGCACCGGCCCCCGUCAGGCUACCUACCCGAGGAGAUCUGGAGGAAGGCUGGUGCUACAAGUAUCCCGCUCUCGCCAGCAUUAAAGCAACUUCAGAACAAGCAGGAAGAGGCAGUAAAUGAAGUUAAGAGACAGGCCAUGUCAGAGCUGCAGAAGGCGGUGUCGGAUGCUGAGAGGAAAGCUCACGAGAUGAUCUCUGCUGAGCGCUCCAAGAUGGAGAGAGCUCUGGCUGAGGCUAAGAGACAGGCCUCUGAGGAUGCACUGACUGUCAUUAACCAGCAGGAGGAUUCCAGUGAAAGCUGCUGGAACUGUGGUCGCAAGGCAAGCGAGACGUGCAGUGGAUGCAAUACUGCUCGCUACUGUGGCUCAUUCUGCCAGCAUAAGGACUGGGAGAAGCACCAUCAUGUAUGCGGCCAGGGCCUGCCUGGGAGUAGCAGCAGCGUGCCACUCGGGACACCAUCUACCACCUCCAUCUCCUCCUCGUCCAGCGCGCCCCCCACACACUCCGAGAGCACCCCUCCAGGCUCCCUGUCCCUGGCAGGGCAAACCAGCAGCAGCGGCAGUCCCAAGGAAGCGAGUUCCAGCAGCGUUUCUCGCUCAACCACUCCAGCAACACCUGCCCUGAUGGAUUCCUCGUCCCGCUGACUGAUGAACCCUAAAUGUUAACCCAUGCCCAGCCACGUCUACUGCUGCUACAGCAUCCUUCAUCCAAAACAAGCUGAGGAACCUCCAUCAUACUUACCAUCCUCUCAAAAUGAACUAUGGUAACCUGGCUUCCACGUCUAUGUUUUCUCAGUCUCCAAAAAACCCACCAAGGCUCAGAUUCCUUCACAAAAGGAUCUACUGUGUUUAAUGCAACAUGAGCAGGGUCUGUUAUACUGGAUGUCACAGAGAAAGCCAGGAAAACAUGUAUAGUUACACAUUACAUGUUUUAUUCAUGUAUAAGACAAUUUUAGGCAUGGCCUCAGUUACCUACACCCUUUAAGUGAGGUGUGCUCUGUGAAAUGGGGUGGAACCAUACUCUGAAUACAUCUUGAACCAGGUAGAACUAAAUAUACGCUGGAUGGAUUCCUCUAAAAUGGCUGAAAGCCACCACUGCGGGAUGUCAAUAGAGCACGUUGUCGCUCUGACAAAUCUUCCACCACAGAGCUACUUCCUCACAACAUGACACACUGCAUUUCAUUUUUUGGCUUUAAUUAAAACAAAAGAAAAGUCCAAAAAUCCAAAAGAAAUAAUAAUGAUGAUGAUUAAUAAGAAGAAUAAAACCUGUUAACUACCUUGCUAGCGAGCCAAGAAAAUUUACACCAGACUCACCUCUCUGUACUGACGUGAACCCAAAUGAAUUUUAAGUGUGAAAAAAAAAAAAAAAAAAAAAGAACAUGAUCCAAACCUUUUUAUUACACUGCCAAAGUUACUAAGAAGCACUCAUCUUGUAACCAAACGCAAACAACUUCACCUCCUCAGCAGUAAAGCCAGCCCAGAGUUCCACAGUCUGUGGAGAGGUGGCAUGGUGACUAGACACUCAAACCUUCACUGUGCCCACUGUGCUACCCACUCAGAUCCUGAGGAACGCAGACUUUAGCCCGGAUCCAUGGCUAUGGCAAUGGAGGGUCGCACCUGGGAUGUUUAAAGCACGUCACCCAGUCCGCCGCAAAGAGAAAUGACAUGAAAACGAAAGAGAAGGCGAGGAUGAGUAAAGGAAAAGAGAGAGAUUGGCCUCAAAAGGAAAGACGAACGGCAAAGGAACUGCCAAAAACCUCAUUGGAUUGUACACUAAGAACAAGCCUUUUCUUGUGAAACAUUUUCGUUCGGUUUUCCUAAAGCUCUCUGAAUGCUGAGACAUUUCAUUUUGUUGUACGAUUUCAUUCUCCCUCGUUUUCCAAAGCAUGACAAAGACUGUAGAGUCUCACGAGACUGGCGUAGACUUGGUUCUCUUUUCUCUCGCUCUUUCUACCUCCCCCCAUCUUCUAUAUGUUCAUCCCUUUUGUCUCCUGACAGAAGCUCUAAGCAGAUAUCCAUGAAGGGAUCAAACGUUGCUUGUAGAUAUUACUUUCUGUUUCUGGAUGUCUCUGUCUUCAAUAUCUGCUUGUGUGCGUACUCAGAACGAGGAACGCGUUCUUUCUUUGUCUUCUUUUAGGUUUCAGCCGAACAUUGGACAGAAAAAGACACUCUAAUGGGAGAGAAGCUGUGUUGUACCUAUUGUUCGAUUUGUUGUAUCAAUAUUGAUGAUGAGAAUCCUCAUGUAGAAUAUUUUAUAUUGCUCGCAUUGUAAGACAGUGAGAGAACGGAGGUGCAAUAUGAAAAGAGAAUUCAGCUACUGAAUGGAACCUCAGAAACGGCCCUUAGGGUAUCUUAUAAUAUAAAUAUACAUAUAAAUAUAUCUAAAAUUACCACAGUAAAUUAAUGUGAAUGUACAUAGUAUUUAAAAAGAGGUCCAAAAAUGAGUUUGCCAAAUAACAGAAACCUUUAAAGUAUAAUGUCUAGAAUUUAAUUUCUCUCCAUUUAAUCUUUUCUGUCUGAAUGAUCAUUUUACAACGUCUGUUGUAACAGCGGAGGAGAAAGAGGUGUUCACAUCACUGCUCGUGUAGAUUACUGCCAGAGGACUCUGCUUAUGGACACGCUAGGAAGACAUUUUUUUGUAGCCAUAAGCAUGUCGAAGCAAAUGGCAUCAUUUUAACAACACGCCAAACCACAAUAGACUGACCUAGCUUGCACCGCCGAGAAGUUCCCAGACUGGCAUUUGGGAGGGAAGCCGCUAGAAUCUGUGUGAAACAUUGCCAUCCUUUGGGCCAAAGUGUCACUGCAGUGGUCCAAUGUGUAAUUUGCACACACAAACACACAUGCAUGCACAUAAAAUCACAAAACCAAACCCUCAGUUAUUCAUAGUCUAAAUGUCUGACACAAGAAUCAAGCAAACGCAAUCUGGUUCUCAUCUGGAUUUGCUAAAGUUUACGGAUUUUGCUUUGGACGUCAGGUUGUGAUCCAACAUAGUACUGAAACAUAACCCAUCUUUAAUGUAAUCUGGAUAAUAUCCAUAGAGGUUGCUGUGUGCACCAAACAAGCUCUGCUGAUCCCAACGUUCACGUUCCUUAAGGGUUGUCCGUGAAUUCAUUUGCAAAGGAAAAGACUACCUUUCAGAGUAAAAAGAAUUUUGUCACCAGCUUACACUUGCAACCCUGUUUACAGCCUUUGUUUUGGUCAGAUAUCAUUUUCUGCAGAUUAAUUGAAAUGCCAGUUUUGCUGAUUAAGUGGCAUUACCUCUGAUAUGGACCAAAUUUAAAAGGCCAGUUUUUUUGGUGUUGCUUUAGGUGUAAGGUGGGUUGAUGGUUUCAUUUUUCACAAGCCAUGUGCAAAUUAUCAAUCUUCCUACCGUAUUUCAAAAUUAAUAUAUGAACUCAGCUGGGAAACAUCAGCAACAUGUGAUCUAAAAAUCAGUGAAUUACUACAACGCCGAUCUGAUGUAACAGGUCUCUCUCUCUUUCUCGCCCAAUUUGAGGAGGAUUUUUCAUGAACCAUCCUCUCUUUCCUUACUAGCUACCUCCUGUAAACAAAUCUAAGACAGUUUGAAUGAAUGAAACCACUAGAAGACAUGCAAAUCUAUCAUCCUGUUCAAGCUAAACCAGACAUUUCAACAUAGAAACAAAUAUGUUUUGUCCACAUUUUCAUGUUUACACAAGAGAAAAAAAUACUCUAGAGUAGUACUUAGCGAUGCUAAAGCAUGCACUCUUGUGUUACUGUUGUGAGUUUGGUUACUGCCCCAGUAACGCUUCUCAAGGGUGUAAAGUAAAGUUACUUUCAAACGUCUGUGCCAUUAAACCAGUUCAACCCAAUUUUAACUAGCUUGCACAGCAAAAUUUUCUUUAAACUGUUGCACUGCUAUGACUUUAAUUUAUCUGUCUGUAGAAGAUUACUGACUAGAAAAAACUGUUUACAUUGCCCUCUUUGUUCUGACACAGUGCAACAAUGAGUGAAAUUGAGCUCGUGUAGUUGCACUUGCUUAGAAUGUUUUGAGCCCUGAACAUAAACAUAUCUCAUUAAUAUCCAAAAUGAUAAAAGCACAGACCAAAGCAUAACUGCACAUCCAUAGAAGCCGUUUGGACAUUGCGUCACCUAAAAAACAGCAGCCUGAAUGUGGGUGAGCAACUAUACCCAUAAACCAAAGUGUACAAAAUGACCAUGCUGAAAGCACAAGAUGACAGUAAAAACAUUAAGAGAAGAGAUCGGUACUAUAAUUCCAAGCCAGGGGAGUGCUUGUUCCUGGCAUCCAAAGCGUCAGAUAAGAUUACAAAUGCUUCUAACAUUUAAAGCAACCUUGCUCAAAGAUUUCAUUAUGGGAACGCAUGAGUGUGAGUGAGGAAAAAAAAAAAUAGCGUGAGAGGUACUUUCUAUUAAUGAUUUUGCUAAGGAACUUACUUGAAUCUCAAGAGCUUUAAAAUAACACCAUUAGCAAAGUUGUGGUAGAGAACUUCCAUAAACUCCAUUUGAGCUUUGCAUGUCUUGCUAGCCCAGAACUCAUACAAAUAUGUAUUUGCAAUAUGGCCAUUCUGUUCCUAACCAAAAUCGAACCAAAAACAAGAACGUGCAAAUGUAUCUGUGUGCUGUAAUUCUGCUGUUAUCUGGCGUAUCGAAGGUCCGUCAUUCUCAAAGCAAAUCUGUGAAUGCCUAGAUUUGGUCAGCAUUUGGCCUUGCCAGUGAGUUGGGCAGCUGCUCCGUUCAAAGAUGGAAAUUGGGAAAAAGAGAGAGAAACCACAUCCUGCGAAAUUAAGUACACUAAAGGAUAACCAGUUAACAACUUGUUUUUAGUUAUGACCUGUUUAUCUCGACAGCCUAAAAGCCCUCGUGAAAAAAAACGAAACUGCUUAAACCAGCCUAAGGUCACCAAGCUGGUUUCUGCCUGGGAGACCAGCGAUACUACCAAAACCAGCUUAAAAGAGCUAAUACAAGACCAGCAAACCAUUUUGGGCUGGUGUAAGUAAUUUUUUAUACAAUAUCACUGCAUAUCACUAAUGUUGUCCAGCAUAACUAAGGUUAACAAAAAGUAAAAUGGAAACUUUUUUCACUUAAACCACACCAGGCUGGAGUAGAAACGCUACAUUACUGUAAAACUACACAUUGCUUUGACUAGCAGAGUGGGCCAGGCAUUGAACAUGCACACGUUAAAUGCCACAACAGCAAGAUACAUAUUUCUGUACUAAAAAAAAGCUUGGUUUUGAUACAUUUAGGCAAACAUGAUAUACUGUAUUGUGCAAUACAUCAUUACAGGAAAAGGCAUUGUUUCAAUAGGAAAGGUCGGUGUGUUAAAGAGUUUUUUUUGUUCUCUUUCAAAGUCCUGUUAUCAUUCUCUAGACGAUGUGAACUGUGCCAGGAGAGUUUUAUUUAUUUCUUGCAUGCUCUUUUCCCCCUUUUGCAAUUCCCUCACCCUCUCUUACUGUGCGCUUUGUUGGACAUGUGACGCUGUAAACAUUCUAAAUCAGGUUAUUGUCUGUGUUGAGAUACGUAUCUGUGUAAUUAAAAAGACAGUGAAAUAUGA